AUGUUCGGCUUCCUUGCUUACUCUGCUGUGGUUUUGGUUGUGGUGCUUGCACUGAUCUUCUACUACGAACCCCGUUAUGGGAAGACGCAUAUGAUAGUUAUGAGUGUCAAAGCUGUGGCAAUUGCUAUAAAGCUGACUUUUUCCGGGAUGAACCAGUUUAAGUACUUCCACGCAUGGAUCUUCAUCAUAGUAGUGACCAUAUGUUGCAUUUUGCAAAUCAACUACCUGAACAAGGACUGGGCUUCUCAGAGUGGUUUGCAAAUUGCGACGGAGCUAUGUGGCUUUGUGACCAUUUUAUCAGGAACCUUUCUUCUCCACAAGACAAAAGACAUGGGAAACAGUGGUAGCUCACGUGGCGCCACGUCACACACGCCUAGAGACACUCCUGUCUUCAUCAACUCAGGUUCCACUCGCAGUUCCAAUUCUAAUCUUUAG